AUGGUUCUGCUCCGGCACAUCUCCAUCGCCCUGACCGCCGCCGUGGCUGCCCUGGGCUCCGCGCUCUUCCUCGCCCUCAACUACUUCUACAAGAGGCGAAUAUGGUCUCCACAGGCGGACUACUGCACCAUCAAAGAGGAGGAGGAGGAGCGAGGGAAGCGUCAGGUCCUGGUCCUGGGUCUGGACGGCGCCGGGAAGAGCAGCAUGCUGCAGGGUUUGACCCCCGGAGAGCCCAAGAGAGGCCCGCGUCGGCCCACCCGCGGCUUCAACUUCAUGAGCCUGAACGCCCCGGCCUGCCAGCUCGACUUCCUGGAGAUCGGCGGUGGUGAGGAUCUGCGGCGCUACUGGUCCGACUACCUGAGCAGGACUCACGUUCUGGUUUACGUGGUGGAUUCGUCCGACAGAAGCCGCCUCCCAUUGGCUAAGUCGGAGCUGCACCGCCUCCUGGGGGUGGAGCCUCAGCUGCCUGUGGUCGUCCUGGGAAACAAGCAGGAUAAACCCAACGCCGUCAGUGUGUCGGAGCUCCACGAGGCCUUGUCUCUGGGCUCCGUGACCGUGGACAGGAAGGUGUUCCUCCUGGCCGCCCAGCUGGACUCCGACGGAGCCUUGAGGAGGUCCUGCCAUGGCCUGGAAACCGUCCAGGAGCUCCUCCUCCAGCUGGUCUGAUCCCUCAGAGCUGAGGAGGAGGAGGAGGACGGAGGCAAUGAGAUGAAGGCUUCAGGACGUCCUCUUCUUCCUCGUUCUUCUGCUCGUCGAAUCUCAUGUGAGGUGGAGGAGGAUGAGGAGGUGAUGGAGACUGAAGCAACUGAGGCAGAGAAGACGCCAAAAUAGAGGUUUUCCAGUUUCUCCUUUUCAGACGGUUUGUUUUAGAAAAUAGCAACUCGUGACAACACCUUUGUACACGACUCGUCUUACUCACCGGAGAAGAGGAGGACACAAGGACUAAAGUUAGUUCAUGACUCAAAGCUCCAGAGCUCAACUGCUGCCAGCGACUCGGACUCAAUGUGUGUUAAUGUCCGCAGGUGUGAGCAUGUAGUUUGUACUGUAGAUAUAAAGUGUGCUACGUCAGGUCUGUAGAUGCAGAUACACAGAGUUCUGUCUGUUUUUCCGUGUACGAUCAAAUCAGAGGAGUCGGCAGAGUAGAUCGACGGCGGCGUUCAGGGUUUCAGGAGAUAAUCAAAUUCUGGGCUUUAGGAGGAAACUCGCUGACUGUUUCACCGGCCGUGUUUCCAUAACGUAGUUUGAAGUGUCCCAUCGGAAAAAAAUUAAGUGGCAAAAAGCAAAAGAAAAUAAAUUCACGGUUGAGGUGGUGUCUGACUUUAUUGAGACGGAAGCAACUUUCCUAACAAGCUCGGACGACGUAAACAUCGUCUGUUCUUUCGUUGUCUUCGUCUCCGCAGACACCGUCUGACAUGAAAGUAUAAUUAAACUUUCCCGAUUGAAGGCAAGUCCCUUGAUUUUUCUCUCGUCGACGGUCCAAGUUUUUUGUUUUCUUCCUUGUCUUGUGGCCUCAAUUACCGCCUUCUGUUGACGCUACGCCGUUUAUUUGCUCGAAAGCAGGAAAUGUAAUUUGCUGCAUGGAGAAUGCGACGCCCGUCCGAAGCAUGGAAGUAUUACUACAUACCAAGACGUAGACGGGUCUGAUAACAUUUCACUGAAUCAGAAUCAGAUCUAACAGGAGUGUUUCUGUUGGAAACCGUCCGACCAGACUUCAGCUUUCCAUCUCUGGUCACUGUUGCUGCUCCCUGAUGGCUGCCAUGAGUUCAGGUGGAAGUAGCCAACACAAGAAAUAUGUCUGUUUUGCUUUGCUGGAAUGCAGUUUCCUUCAGCUUAAUAACUGGAUACUAGUCGGGUGAUGUGUCAGUUCAUGUAACUGCACUAAACUCUUUAGUUCUGCCGACUAUUAAAGAGGAGUGAUCAUACAUUUCAGAGAAAACCUUUUUUGAAACUGUACCUGAUUUAAAUUUGACCUCCGUCCCUGUUGAAGUCGUGUCCUCGUGCAGCGAUUCUCUGCUUCCUGUGCUCCUACAACACUCCAAGGAUUUAGUUUAAAGCAUAUAAUGAACAGAUAAAUUAAGAUGUAAUAAUAUAAAUCAAAGCUUUACUGUGACAAUCUACUCAGCAGAUUAACAACAUAAAGUGAUUAAAUCAUAUUUAGCAGCUUUAACAGUAACUCAACACAGUCAUGCUUGAAUGACAGUAAUCCAACAAUAAAAAGUAUUCUACAUAUUACAUACAUUUACUCUUGGUACUUUCAGUGUCUUUUAGCUGCUAAAAGUACUUUUGCUGUGCAAAUUUCACUGCAUGACUUUUACCCGGAACAGAGUAUUUCUACGGUGGGGUAUUGGUACUUUUACUUACUAUAUCUAAGUACUUUUUCCACCACCUAGUACUUUGAUGAAACUAGUUUAAAAGUCAACUUGCAUUUUGGGAGUUUCACCUGAACUCAAGGCCGCUACUCCAAAGUUGUGGAGUUGUAGAGGUUAGGAAGUGUGACGUUCUCUCUGCAAAAUGAAAAUACAACCAUCAUCGGCGUAGAAAAUCACUGUCAGCAUAAAAAGACUUAAGUUAUUUUUUAAAAAAUGUGAAGAUUGUGAUUCUAACACAUACCAGAGUUGUUGUUUUUUUGUUGUUGUUUUUUAAAAAAAUAUGUAAUGAGAUCAUUUUAAAGUCAUAUUUU